GUUUUCGCUAAACGCAUGUAGGCAUUCAAUCAUGCUUUGCAGUAAAGUACAAGUAGUUAUUCUAUCCUUUGUAGCACUAAGGUGCAUGCAGUUAUUCAAUCAUUCAUAGUUUAAAUCUUGGGUGCUAACUAACUGUUAAGUGAAUAUUGUUGGUUUUUAUUCAAGAACUGAAGGAAUUGGUUGGUAUAAGUAUCAAUUUUCUGAUGGGUAGCAUUAGGGACGAUUGGGAUGAGGAAUGCUCUUACAUUGGAGACAAAGGAGAGAUUGGAUUUAUUGAUUAUGAGGAAGAUAAAUCAGUAUGCAGUUACAAUCCGCUUGAUGAAGGCCCAAUUGUUAUUUCUGUCCCAUUCCCUUUUACCCGUGGGAAGCCUCAAUCCAUAUUUGUAGGGGAAACAACUGCAGAUUCUAUCACGAUACAUAAUACCACCUCCGACCCAGUUGAACUUUGGGCAGUCAAGAUUUACUGUUCAAACCCAGCAGACUCUUACACACUGUCGUUGAUGGAACCUCCGUCAGCGAAUUCAGAUGUGGAGACCAUUCGAGGCUUCUUAGAAUCAUUUUCCUUAGAAGAUAGAGUCCUUCAGCCAGGCCAGACUCUCAAAAUAUGGUUAUCAUGUAAACCAAAGGACAUUGGUUUGCACACUUCAGUGGUGCAUUUUGAUGUUGGUGAUGACAGGAUAGAGCGGGUUGUUUUUCUUUUGGUGGAAGAUAAGGUCGCUCAAUCUCUGUCCGCAAACAAGCCAUAUUCAAGAGCCCCCCGAAAGAAACAGUUUGCAGUUAAUGAGUAUGUGGCAGGUUCUCGUCCUGCGAGGGCAGCAUCAACACAGAGUUUCAAGCAUAGGCUUCCUAAUUAUAAUAUCCCGAAAGACCUUAGGGGUAUGGUGGAGAAUAAACAAGUCCCUUACGUUAUCACAGAAGGUCUAACGAGGGAGAAUUAUGCUGAGUACUUCAGUGCUUUAUUGGUUAUGGAAGAAAUACAUAUGGAGGAAAAAAUGAGAGGCCAUGACAUGGAAGGCGUCACCAUGAAGAAGAGGGGGAGUCGAUUCUUGGCCCUUGAGGUACCUGGACUGGCUGAAAGAAGGCCUUCAUUGGUCUGUGGUGACCAUGUUUUUGUCAAGCUUGCUGCUUCAGUUCUAGAUGAUAGUGCCCCACCAUAUCAGGGGUUCAUUCAUCGUGUUGAGGCUGACGAAGUGUUGUUGAGCUUUGCUCAUGAUUUCCACCAGCGGCACUGUGACUCUAACACAUAUAAUGUUAGAUUCAGUUACAAUAGGAUGAAUUAUAGGAGGCAAUAUCAUGCUGUUAAUGCAGCACAAAAUCUAGACAAUGUUCUCCUCUUUCCAUCGCAGUUAUCCAAAAUGAGGGUGAUCAAAACAAACCCAAUGGUUCCCUUAAAUCAGAACCUCAAUGAACAGCAAAUGGUUUCGGUUGAAAUGAUACGGGGUUGCAAAGGGGCGCCACCUUAUGUGAUUCAUGGACCACCAGGUACAGGUAAAACCAUGACAUUGGUGGAAGCAAUCAUGCAGAUUUACACAAAUAGAAAGAAAGGCAGAAUUCUUGUUUGUGCUGCCUCUAAUUAUGCAGCAGAUCACAUAUUAGAGAGGCUCACCUCUAAGGAUAUUAUUGUGGUUCGGGAGGAUGAGAUAUUCAGGUUAAAUGCUCAAAACCGUUCUUUUGAGGACCUUCACUCUGACCUCAUCCGUUUUUGCUUCUUUGAGGAUCACGUCUUCAAGUGUCCUCCAUUGAGGGCUUUGAUACACUACAGGAUCAUUGUAUCCACUUAUAUGAGUGCAUCUUACCUAAGUGCAGAAGGCAUCAAUCGGGGCCACUUCUCUCAUAUUUUCUUGGAUGAGGCUGGCCAAUCUUCUGAGCCAGAGACAAUGGUCCCUAUUUCGAAUCUUUGCCGAAGGGAAACUGUUGUUGUUUUGGCUGGAGAUCCAAAGCAAUUAGGCCCCAUUGUCUACAACAGAGAUGCAGAAACAUACGGUUUAGGAAAAUCAUACCUAGAAAGGCUAUUUGAAUGUGAAUUUUACCACGGUGAGGAUGGAAAUUAUGUCACAAAACUGGUGAGGAAUUAUCGAUGCCAUCCAUCAAUCCUGGAAUUACCUUCAAGGCUCUUCUAUAAUGGGGAAUUGAUUGCCUGUAAAGAAGAGACAAAUGCCUCUGUGUGUUCAUGGGUGGACCUCCUUCCUAACAAAGAGUUUCCAGUUUUGUUCAUUGGAAUUCAAGGAUGUGAUGAAAGGGAAGGCAAUAAUCCAUCGUGGUUUAAUCGAAUUGAAGCUAGCAAGGUUGUAGAGAUCAUCAGGAAGCUGAGAAGGGGCGAAGUGAACGAAUCAGAUGUUGGGAUAAUAACUCCUUACCGCCAGCAAGUACUUAAAUUAAAGAAAGCCCUUGAAAAUCUGGAUAUGCAGGAUGUAAAGGUUGGGAGUGUGGAACAAUUUCAGGGACAAGAAAGGGAAUUCAUAAUUGUCUCUACUGUCAGAUCUACUGUCAAGCACAAUGAAUUUGAUAGAGCACAUUGUUUGGGAUUUCUUAGCAAUCCCAGGAGAUUUAAUGUUGCUAUUACUCGUGCGAGAUCUUUGCUCAUAAUUGUUGGAAACCCGCAUAUUAUCUGCAAGGAUCCAUAUUGGGCUAAGAUUUUAUGGCAUUGCUCCGACAACAACUCUUAUCAGGGUUGUCCUCUCCCUGAAAGGCAAGAGCAUCCAGAGGAAUAUUGGGCUGGCGAAGACAAUCCACAGCCCUCUGACAGUGCAGCAUGGGGUGAUGAAUCCUUCCAGGUAGAAGAGACACCUCAGCCAGUGACUGAUGAAGCUGAAUGGUCAGAUGGCUGGAAGUAAACAAAUUCCUAUGUCAGGAGUGUGGCACCGCAAGAUUUCUUUUCCCGGGUUUCCUCAUAUUAUUAAGAAUCGUUUCUUUUCUAGUAAAUACCAUAACCUUAAACAGGGUAAUUUUAGAUAUUAUAAUCUGGUCCAUUUGGUUAAAGAUGUUGCCAUUUAUUGGGGUGAAAGUGAAAUGGGGUUGACCUUUUAGUAUAUUGGGUGAUCUUGAGCUGUAGUGUUUGUUGUUUACUCUUAACAAUCUAAGCUACAACUUCAAUACAUUUUGGUAGAAGCUAAGGGCUGCUGUUGUUGACUAACAUCAUUUUAGGUGAAUCUGCCCCAAGUGUUGGUGGUGUAGCUGAACUCUGAUUCUGGUGGACAAGCUGAUCGAUGGGGCUGAAGAAUUUUCAGAGCCUGCAAGUCAGUGUUCUGGUGACUAAUUCACAAGUCACAACAGAAUCACCACUUCCACACUUUUUUUC